AUGCAAGCAAAUGUCGACAGUAAUAACGACAUAACGGACAACGGGAAUGCGCAGGACAUCAAGGGUUCAACGAAUGGUACAACACCACCAGGUCCCGGUGGCAACGGCAACCACACCGACAACCAAAAUGGACAGGGAAGUUGCGGUUCCAUCAGUGGUUCAACACCAUCACGUCUCCGAUGCUACGGUAACGCCACCGCCAACCAACGAUUGGAUGUCCCACCAAUGGCACAACGCAAGCUGAUUCCGAAGGCAGUGGCAACAAUGUCAACAACAACCAGGAUUGGCAGGGAAAUGACAAUACAACCAAUGAAUAAACGCCACCAGGUCCCGUUGGCAACAGCAACCACACCGACAACCAAAAUGGACAGGGAAGUUGCGGUUCCAUCAGUGAUUCAACACCGUCACGUCUCCGAUGCUGCG